CGCGCGGAGAAUGGGCGCUUCACAGCUCUGGGUAGGGUUGGAGUGCAUAAAAACAGACCUGACAACUUUCAUCUUACAACCGACAGAUUCCGCGAUGGCACCUCGUGCAUUCUGCGCUUGAAAAGCAUAACAGGUCUCUCACCCAGCCCAUGUCACCGAGACGUCUCCAUGGCAAUGUUUAGCGCCUCUGAACGCUUCUUCUGGAAUGAUUCGGAACAGAUUCGGGAAGACCUCCUCCAUGGGAAUUCCACUGGUGGUUGGGAGGAGGAGGAUACGGAGCGUAGCUACUACGCCAUGCUCUACUCCCUACUCAUCCUGGCCAUCGUGUUUGGCAAUGUGCUGGUGUGUCUGGCUGUGGUGCGGGAGAGGUCCCUACAGACCACCACCAACUACCUGGUGGUGAGCCUGGCUGUAGCUGACCUGCUGGUGGCCUCGCUGGUCAUGCCCUGGGCCGUCUACCUGGAGGUGGUCGGAGGGGCGUGGCUCUUCAGCAGGAUGUACUGUAACAUCUUUGUCACCCUGGACGUCAUGAUGUGCACCGCCAGCAUUCUCAACCUGUGUGCUAUCAGCAUCGACAGGUACACAGCGGUGGUGAUGCCUGUCCUCUACAACACCACACACAGCUCCAGGAAGCGGGUCUCAGCCAUGAUCGCGACAGUGUGGAUCCUGGCCUUCGCUGUCUCCUGCCCCCUUCUGUUCGGAUUCAACACAUCAGGUGAGACACACGACCCGACGGUGUGCUCCAUCUCCAACCCUGACUUUGUCAUCUACUCGUCGGUGGUGUCCUUCUACCUGCCCUUCAUCGUCACCCUGCUGGUGUACGUCCGCAUCUACGUCUUCCUCAGGAAGAGGAGGAAGAGGAUCGCCUUCCGCCACUCCAGCAGCGGGAAGGUCCAGCCAGGCUCGGCCCAGCCCUCCGCGGAGAGGUGUCUGCAGGAGGAGACCCCCAAGGAGAACAGAGACCUGUCCCCUAUCAGGAUCAAAGUGGGGAGUAUAGAGCCGGCAGUGCCCCCUAAAGCUCACCUCCUGUCAGGGUGUCUGCGGCGUAAGUGUCCCCGGACAGCCCCUGUGGAGAAAACUCUGCCUCCCCCAGUGGACAUCCAGAACUACUGCAGCAUCAGCCACGUCUCCUGCGGCCUCACUGAGCACGACCGCGCCGAGGAAGAGGUGGCCAAAGAGAAAGAGUGUAUUCCCGUGCGGAGGAGCUGCGAGGUCAAGGAGCUGUCCAAUGGACGCAUGCACACGGCCCUCCGUCCCGCCCCCCAGUCCCUGUCCAGCCAACAACAUCGAGUCAGGAGCAUGCAGAACAGGGAGAAGAAGGCUACGCAGAUGCUGGCCAUUGUGCUUGGGGUGUUCCUGAUCUGCUGGCUACCGUUCUUCGUGACUCACAUCCUGAACACCCACUGCAGGACGUGUCGUAUUCCACCGGAGCUCUACAGCGCCUUCACCUGGCUGGGCUACGUCAACAGCGCCCUCAACCCCGUCAUCUACACCACUUUCAACAUCGAGUUCAGACGUGCCUUCAUCAAGAUCCUCAGCUGCUGAGAACACCAUUGUCCACCAUGUCAGGCUAAUGGCCAUGCUCCUGACCUGUACUGGACUGGACCUUGGGCCCGGUGUAGCUGAGUAUGGAUCAGAUGCAUGAGCCAUGACCUCAACCUGAGUACCAAUUAUCAGGACAAUGACUGUCCUUUAUCGAAAUCAUCAUCAGGCCAGGGUUCUGAGCUGUACUGGACCUCAGGCCCGGCACACCUGAGCUUGGAUACUGUACCUGAGCCAUGGAUACAUGAGCCAUGACCCGUCCAUCUUCGGGUUCAAUGACUCGUCUUUGCCGAGAGGAUAGAUCAAUAAUGACCAUGUCUGACCAAGUUCUUCCACUGGACCUCCCAGGACACUGGACCUCCCAGCACACAGGAGCACAUCUGAGCAAGGACUCUAUGGCUGCCUUCUGAUGGUACCUCAGGCCCAGCACACCUGAGCUGAACUACAGGUACUGCAUCUGGCUUGGCUGCUAGUUGGUUGGGCAAGGACCUGCUCUACCUGUGUUAUACUGUACACAGGGGUCAGGAGACAUGAGGGGAGGGUAUGGGAGUGAAAUUCAAACCAUAAAAAUGACUGCUACAAUACUGGUGAUUCAGAGAUGGAAAAAGACUUUUUUAUAGAGAAAAUUUGGACAAAUGAUGAAAAUGAAAUCAAAAUAAGUGUUCUGUGCAUCUAUAUGGCACAGGAGCUGGACACAAUGUACAGUCAUCUAUAUGGCACAGGAGCUGGACACAAUGUACAG